UCUGUUUCCCACUAAACAAUCUUCUUUUGCCUAUAUUUAGAGAGAGAGAGAGAGAGAGAGAGAGAGAAAGUGCAGUGUAAUCAUGGAGUGUUGGUAAUUUUUUGAAAAUAAAAGAAGCCUUAGUGGGAUUUAAUUUACGCAAAAGAAGCAAUUGUGGAUGCCACCAUCGAAAUUUCAAAAGAAAAUCUACACACCAAUCAUUUUGCAUCUAUAUUCAUAUACGUCUUCUUUUGAUUCUUUUUCCGAGUCCUAAACGCAAUUUAUCAGAACUUUGGAACCAUGCAAAUGAAAACUAGUCCCGGCCACCAGUCUUGGUCCGUCAGCGACGACUCGCUAAGAAGAUACGUCCAAUAUGCAAGCGAAAGCUGCAUACAGGAGCUGUUAAUGUCGGCUUCGGUCUCGGUUUCAUCAGUUUCGGAGCCGAAGUUGGGGAAUGGCGGUGACGGAUGGAAGAUCCUGACCCUUGAAAAUGGAGUAGAGAUAUCAAAGCCCAGGUCCGGCUCUCUUCACAUAUUCCGUAGCCGGUGGGUGCUCCCAUCUGUCUCGCCCCAGCAAUUCAUCACCGUCGCCAACGCCAUAGACAAGUUGAAAGUAUUAGAGAAUUAAUUAUAACAGAUUUUAUUUAAAU